CUCUGAUAAACAAAGAAACCAUAACUUGAGACACAUGAACUGAACUGUUUUAGUGUCACUGGAAGAAAAUUGGUCACGUUGAUUAUUUAUGUCUAGAUUUACCAUAAGAAAUCAAACAUUUGCGUAAUUUUUUAUCUAUUAGAAAACCAGUUAUUUCAAAAUCUUCAUUGAAAGUUUAUUAAAGGAUCAAUUAUUGAAGGAUUUAUUGUACGAACAAAUCCUUUCUCAUUUGAAGGGAACAGGCAUGUGGUGCUUCUAGAUAGACAAAAUUUUCCUGUAAAGUGUCCCUGACGCAGUGAACUUAUUACUAAUUUGUAACCUAUACCUGCGUCUGAACUCGAAUUCAAAUCUAAGGAGGUCUUGUGCGCUUCUUUAUUUCGAGCUCAUUUUUUAUAAAAGCAUUUUGACCUGACUUUCUGCAGACCGUCACUUUAAGUUGGCGAAAUCAAAGUUAUCAGGAAGCAAAUCAUAAUUCAUCUUGCAGAUUAAAACGAUAAUUCCACAUCGAUGAAUGAACAAAAGUAGCUCUUAUUCUUUUGAAGCUAUUUGAGGUGAUUUCCUGUUUUUGAUAGUGUCAGUUCUGCUUUUCUAAACGGUUUUCUCAACAGUUCGAUAAAUUCUUUUUAUUUAGUUCUUCGCAUCAAAUUUAUCUGAUUUAACUGGGUUCCAUUGAAAGAAAACUCUAAAAGCAAAACAGAAAUUUCUUAUUGGAGGAUUUGACUACUUGUGUUGAAGUUAACUCAAAUUACCGUCAGCACAUAUUCAAUUCAUUUGGAGCUGAUUUUUGCAAUGAUGGCGACCAGUUUUUCAUUCCGAAGACUGCUCGUGGUGUUGAAUGUUCUUCCAGCGCUAAAUUUCGUGAGUGUCUCAGCUACUCACGACAACAGCAGCAGUAUCAGUUUAGCCAAUGUUGGUAAACGGUUGGCCAAUGACGUACUCCAAAACUGCAGUGCCGCUGUCAGGCCAGUGAGGGAGGGAGAGGUGGAGGUGGUGGGGAUGAGUCAGCAGCAGGUAGUGGUGGGGGUGGAGUUUGAAAUAUUUCAAAUCAACUCACUCGAUGUCGUCCAUCAGGUGUUGGACUUGUCAGUUUUCAUUGCCCUAAAUUGGCACAACCAGAUGGUGUCCUGGGACCCCAAUGAUUAUGAUGGACACGAAAGAGUAUUUUUAUCUGAAAACGCGGACAACUGGCUCCCAGACUUAGUGUUCUUCAACCAGAUCGGCGGCCACCAGCUAACUAAAUCUCUGCAAGUGCCCAUCUGGAUCAAUGCCUCCGGACACACCCACUUGUCUCGCCUGAUUAGGGCAGAAUUCCUCUGCAACCUGGAUGCCCACUUCUUCCCCUUCGACCAGCACUCCUGCACCCAGAUGCUGGGACCCUGGAUCAGCCCAAAAGAAUCAGUGUCUGUCCAGACCUCGAUUCUUCAUGAAGAACUUAGGACCCAAAGCACCUCGUGGGAGGUGAUAGAAGUUACUUCUAUCCAACAAGAUUACAAGCAUCAGGACACAACUUACUCAAGCCUCCUCUUCUCUGUACAUGUGAAGAGACGAAGCGCCUUCUACGUUGCAAACGUCAUACUUCCUGGCAUUGCAAUCAACUAUCUGAGCAUGUUCAAUUUUGCGAUUCCACCUGAAUCGGGUGAAAAAAUAGGCUACGGGGUCACAAUUUUCUUGGCACAAACAGUCAACAUGAUGCUCAUUUCGAACUUCAUGCCUCAGGGCGCCAGUUCGAUUCCCCUAUUGGGCCAGUAUCUUCUCUUUUCUCUAAGUUUCAUUGCGCUGAGUCUUCUACUUACCAUCUACAUGGUUUCGCUUUACAUUGAUCCGAUGCCGGAGAAGUGUAAGGGAAGGCAACUGUUACGAUUCGCUCUCAUGAAAGUUCGUCCGAUUUUGGGUCCAAAGUUUCCAAGUUCUAAGCCAAUAAAAUAUGUGCACGGAACACUGUCAAUUGCCUCCGCCCUCCCUUUUAUUGGAGCGGACAAGAGAGAAGUGAGUGCUGCUCAAAAUGGCGGCAAAGAUAACAAUACCGAGGUCAUUCGACCGGCUAGAAAGAAUUCUGAAAAAACUUCGGUGGGAGACUUGACGGAACGUGAACAAAUGGUGGUUGGAUGCGAAACAUUGAACCGAAUGUGUUUCAUUGUCUCGUUUCUCCUCAUGACUAUCGUUACGUCUGGGUACAUGAUAGUUCUGAUGAACUACUCGCACAGCAAACUCAAUGCAUGAUAAGACUCCGAAAAUUCCGAAGAGCAAACAUGACUUCAAAUGAUCUAACCAAUAUGUCAAAAUGACCACGCUCACAACUGUAUUUUUUCUGGACAGUGAUCUAAUUCACAGUCGACCUAGUGCGCAUGCUCAUAGCUUUUGGAUAAGUGCUUUAUUAAUCGUGGCAUUAUUCGUUUGGUGCCGUAACAGCCGAUUGCCAAUAAGGCAAAAAACUUAAGAAUGUAGUCUAUUUUUUUUCUUAACUUUAUUCACCUUGGCUUUUUUGAGCGGAAAAACUGUUACAAUCUGUUUCGCAUUGAAAGCAAAAUAAUGGUGAACUCUGAACUGUUUUUAUUGGUACGAUCAAUGGAUGGACGACCUAUCCUAUGACGCGAAGUUUUUUGUUUCCAAUGAAACUCGCCGCAGCUUUGGUAGCUUUGGAGUUCAUAAAAUAUUGGUUUUGAGAAAUUAAAUGCAUCCAA